GAAAGCGGUAGCACGGGAUCGUACUUUCUCCAGCUUCACCUAGUUCAUCCUGAAGUUUGGCGUGUCUUUUGCCAGCUCCAGGUUUCCGUGGCUCCUCAAGACGUUUGGCAUGAUGGUAGGACUUGCCACUGUUGCGUUUAUGGUGAGAAAUGUGUCCCUUACAACAGACUUCAGCACCUUCAAGCCAAAGUUCCCGAAGCCUGCGCUGGUUGACCCAGUGCUGAAACUUCUACCAGAGGAGCACCUGAGGAAACUCUUUACCUACAGCGACAUCUGGCUCUUCCCCAAAAAUCAGUGUGACUGUAACUCUGGCAAACUGCGAAUGAAAUAUAAGUUUCAGGAUGCCUACAACCAGAAGGAUCUUCCAGCUGUGAACGCCAGAAGACAGGCGGAAUUUGAGCACUUUCAGAGGAGAGAAGGGCUGCCUCGCCCACCACCUCUGCUGGCUCCACCCAAUCUCCCCUUUGGAUACCCAGUCCAUGGUGUGGAGGUGAUGCCCCUGCACACAAUUCUCAUCCCAGGCCUCCAGUAUGAAGGGCCAGAUGCUCCAGUCUAUGAGGUCAUCCUGAAAGCUUCUCUGGGGACACUGAACACCCUUGCUGAUGUGCCAGACGAUGAGGUUCAGGGCAGAGGCCAGAGGCAGCUGACCAUUUCCACCAGACAUCGGAAGGUCCUGAAUUUCAUCCUUCAGCAUGUGACGUACACAAGCACAGUGUACCAUCUCCACAAGGUGGACACAGUGAGUAUGGAGUCCGAGUCGUCAGUGGCCAAGUUUCCAGUGACUAUCAAACAACAGGCUGUACCCAAGUUGUAUGACCCUGGACCUGAGAGGAAGCUCAGAAACCUGGUGACCAUUGCCACGAAGACUUUUCUCCGUCCCCACAAGUUUCAAACCCUGCUCCAGAGUAUUCGAAAAUAUUACCCAGACAUAACCGUGAUUGUAGCUGAUGACAGCAAGGAGCCCCUGGAAAUUAAAGAUGACUACGUGGAGUAUUACACCAUGCCCUUUGGGAAGGGUUGGUUUGCUGGGAGGAACCUGGCCAUCUCACAGGUGACUACUAAAUACGUCCUCUGGGUGGACGAUGACUUUCUGUUCAGCGACAAGACCAAGAUCGAGGUACUGGUGGAUGUCCUGGAGAAAACGGAACUGGAUGUGGUGGGCGGCAGCGUGCAGGGGAAUACUUUCCAGUUCAGGCUGUUGUAUGAACAGACCGAGAAUGGGGGCUGUCUUCACCAGAGGUGGGGAUCAUUCCAGGCCCUUGAUGGCUUCCCCGGAUGCAUGCUGACGAGCGGCGUGGCAAACUUCUUCUUGGCUCACACGGAACAACUCCGAAGAGUUGGUUUUGAUCCCAUCUUGCAACGAGUGGCCCACGGAGAGUUCUUUAUUGAUGGGCUGGGGAGACUGCUGGUGGGCUCAUGCCCGGGGAUAAUUGUAGACCACCAAGUAAGAACACCAUCAAAGGAUUCAAAGCUGGCUGCCUUGGAGAAGUCUUAUGCCAAAUACCGCACAAACGACAAUUCUCAGGUCCAAUUCAAGCUUGCACUCCACUACUUCAAGAACCAUCUCUACUGCUCCACUUAAAAAGUACAAAGACCAGGAAUCGCAACAAACAGAUUAGCUGCGGGCAACAAAAAAAAACAGUAGGACUGGACAUUAGGGGGUACCAAAAUCAGACUCCUAACAAGGGGAACAGGGAACAAAGGAGCUGGAAGCUGGAGCUAGUGUAGGACCCCGAAGUCCGCUCAGGAUCCCCAAGACCAAGUUCUCAGCACAGAGAUUUAUCUGCCCCAGAGGGAGAAAGCGCAGGGAAUAAGAGACAAAGACAAGGGUUGGAAGGUGGUGGUGCCCACCUUUAAUCCCAGCACUCCAGAGGCAGA